AUGUCACAGCCUCGUGAGCUGGACGAAGACCCCAACAUGGCCAUUUCAUAUACAAGCCGGCCCCCGGUUGGUCACUCUCAACAACAGCUACCUUCAUUUCGCGAUAUCAUUCCACCUCACCUUCACGAUGAAAUCGAUUCUUCCACAUACUAUAACUCACGCCCUCAAUCACAAGGCCGCCCUAGCUCGGGGCAUGAGAUGGUAGCAGACCCUCGUUCUAUUCCAGGUUACACCGCAGCCCAAUCACCCAAAGGAGUCUAUGGAGAGCACCACCAUGAAUACACUACUCGAACCCACGAACACCCAACACGACCAAUGAGUGAUCACCUAUCUAUGCGAUUUCAAGAGAGCGCCGCACGAGGACCAAGUCCCAUUCUACCGCCUAUUCGAGACUUGGGACCCAUGCAAGACAGGAAGGGAUAUCCAGAAAACAGGAUGGCUCCUGCCCCAGCACCACGGUCCGACCCAUAUGCGCACGAAUAUCGCGCUGCGCAACCCGCCCCCAUUCCUGGACCAAUGGUCGAUCCUAGAGCCGCAGAACAAUAUGGUACCCCGAUUAUGCAUGCACAGCCGCCUUACGGCCACCCUAUGGCUUACCCGGGUGAACAAGAACAACUGUCGCCACCAAUAAUGGGACGCCCCCAACAAGCCAAUUUUGGUAUAAUGGGCGACCCGAAUGAUUCAAAGAGCAAACGUCGACGUGGUAACCUGCCUAAGCCGGUGACAGACAUUUUGCGCGCCUGGUUUCAUGAGCAUCUGGAUCAUCCUUACCCUAGUGAAGAGGAUAAGCAGAUGUUUAUGACUCGCACUGGUUUGUCGAUAAGCCAGAUCAGCAAUUGGUUUAUUAAUGCACGGAGACGACAACUUCCUGCUUUGCGCAACCAAAUGCGAAGUGGUGGAGAUGACUCGCGGCAUUCGCCUUCGGCUUACAGCGACGUCGACCAGGCUUCCGACUUAGCCUCUCCUCACCAUUAA